UUCCCAGAAGUCUCUGCGCUCGCUCCUGCCCGGUCCACAGCCUGCGGGCGGCUCCGGAUGCGCAGGCGUAGAUCGAGGGCCGAGCGAACGAGGAAGCGCCGGGAGCUGAGGGGGAGCGAGAGGUCUCAGGUCUCAUGGCUCUGAAUCUCCUUCUUCCCCAUGAGGGAAGCCCGGAGGAGGAUGGUGGGUCCCCCAGGGGCCCCUUGGCCCCAGACCAGGAAGUGGUGUCGUUCAGGGACGUGGCUGUGGACUUUACCGAGGAGGAGUGGGAGUGCCUGAGCCCUGCUCAGUGGCAGCUCUACAAGGAGGUGAUGCUGGAGAACUACAGGAACCUGGUGUCCCUGGGGCUGUUGGAGGACAAACCAGACCUGGUCUCCCGGCUGGAACAAGGGGAAGAGGCAUGGGCCUCGGACAUGCAGGAAGAGGGCCCCAGGAGCCCCUGUCCCUGGGGAGGAGACCCUUCCGCCAGGUGUCGAGGAGCCCGUGGAUGCCACAGCCCCUCUGGGCCGUCAGAAUGUCAACUUUUUGAGAAAAAAAAGAAAGGAGGAAGAAAAAUGAAAACCUUCAUUGAGCAGAGAAGUCAUCAAUAUGUUGACUUCGGGGGCAACUUUCAUCGGAGCAUGUGCAAGCAUCUGGGGUCAUGGGAUUAUGAUGAAUAUGGGAAUCACUCUCAUAGUUACAUACUCCUUAAUCGGUAUCAUAGAACCCAACCCUGUGACUUGAGAAGUGGACAGGAUUUCCCGAAGAACUCAUUUCUCAUUCAAAACCAGAGAAUUCGUGCUCAAGAGAAAUCUUAUAAAUGUGGAAAGGCUUUCAUGAACUACUCAACCAUUAUAAACUAUGAAAGAAAUCAUGAUGGAGGGAAACAUAAAUGUAGCCAAUGUGGAAAAUCCUUUAGAUGGCUGUCAGUUCUUACUGAGCACGAGAAAAUUCACACUUGUGAGAAAUCCUAUGACUGUAAGGAAUUUGGGGAGGUCUUCAGCCAAAAUUCAGACUUUAUUGGACACGAAAGAAUUCAUAGUGGAAAGAAACCAUAUGAUUGCAAGCAGCGCGGAACAGCCUUCAGUUGGCGUUCAUACCUCAUGGAACAUCAGAGAAUUCAUACUGGUGAGAAACCUUAUAAAUGUAAGGAAUGUGGAAAGGCUUUCAGGCAGAGCUCAAGUCUUACUAAACAUCAGAGAAGUCACACUGGUGAAAAGCCUUAUGAAUGUAACGAAUGUGGGAAGGCCUUUAGCCAGAGCUCAUCCCUUAGUCAACACUUUAGAAUUCAUACUGGAGAGAAACCUUAUAAAUGUAAAGAAUGUGAGAAGGUCUUCAGACAGAACUCACAUCUUAUUCGACAUCAGCUAAUUCACACUAGAAAGAAACCUUAUGAAUACAAGGAAAUUGGUGUGAUUGUUAGCCAAUGUUCAGACAUUGUUAAAUGUGAAAUAAAUUAUGAUGGAGAGAUAUAUCGAAGUCAAACUGGUGAGAAUCAUUAUGAAUGUAAGGAAUGUGGCAAAACCUUCAGCGAGAGCUCAAGCCUUAAUAAACACCAGAGAAUUCACACUGGAGAAAAGCCAUAUAAAUGCAAGGAAUGUGGGAAUGCCUUCAGGCAGAACUCACAUCUUAUUGGCAUCAGAAAAUUCACACUAGAAAGAAACCUUGUUCAAGUCAAGUCAGCAAGCAUUUAUUAAGUGUGUACUAUGUGCCAGGUACCGUG